GUACUGGUAGUUAAACUUUGAUUACGACUACAAUCUACCAGUGCUCCUCUGUUCAACAUUUCGCACACAGAGCAAGUGAGAGGGGAGCUUCUAGUUGGAUAAAUCAGUUCCUCUCAUACUCAUACUUGAGAUUUUCCAAUUUAUUUAUUACAUCAGUUCUGUUACCUUUUCCUCCAAUUCAUUUUCAUAUAAUUAACAAUUGCAAUUCAUCAAAGUUCCAGAAACUUCCACUAAGCAUGAUCUUCUCCACAUGAGAAUGCGUCCCAAUAUGUUGCUACUGAAGAGACAACCGUCGAAUUCUUAUAGCCGACUCCAACAAUUGUUUGUGACUGAGACAUAGUAGUAGUCGAUGUGUAUCUUGUAAAUUAGGUCGAUGAUAAUCGUGGUUGCGUGAAGGAUUUGAAUUGAAGGAGGUCCAAAAUGAGCACGGAAAGGCAGGCGGCGGUGAUGGUUCGGGACCUGGUAGAGGAAGCUAAGAAGCGAGUUGUUUUUUUGAUCAUAUGCGCCAUUGGACUGUCCUAUCUCAUGUCUCUAACGAGCUCCUCAGUUUUUAUCAACUUGCCUGCUGCUGCUCUCUUAAUUGUUUUCCUUCGUUAUCUGUCUCUUGAUUUUGAUGCGCGGAUGAAAGCUGCUACAUACAAAAGAAAGUCAUCCGUAUCAAACAACACUUCUCAGAGGAAACAUAUUGAUGCUCCAAGAGCAGUUAAUGAGAAGGCCAAUUGGAGGAAGAAAGUAAAUUCACCUGUUGUAGAAGAAGCAAUAGAUCACUUCACCAGACAUAUAGUUUCUGAGUGGGUCACAGAUCUCUGGUACUCCCGCAUAACUUCUGAUAGACAGGGACCUGAGGAACUUGUGCAGAUCAUGAAUGGUGUACUAGGGGAAAUCUCAUGUCGCAUGAGAACUAUUAAUCUUAUAGAUCUUUUCACAAGGGAUAUUAUCAAUCUAAUUUGCACUCAUUUGGAGCUGUUUCGUGCAAGCAAGAUGAGGAUUCAGAAGAAACGGCCAAGAUCCUUGACAAUUGAAGAGCUAGAUGUGGAACUUAAACAGGUGUUGGCUGCAGACGACAAAUUACAUCCUGCUUUAUUUUCUCCGGAGGCUGAGCACAAGGUUCUCCAGCAUCUCAUGGAUGGUCUUAUUUCAUACACUUUUGAGACAGAGGAGGUGCAGUGCUCUUUAUUCCGCUACAUUGUCAGGGAGCUUCUUGCUUGUGUUGUAAUACGACCAGUUUUAAAUUUAGCUAAUCCAAGGUUCAUUAACGAGAGGAUUGAGUCUCUAGUUGUUUCUCUAAAGAAGGCUGAUAAAGGAACCACAGGAACAGAAACAGAACCACAGUCCACACCGGUUGGAUCGGGUAAAAUAUCAGCAGAUCAUUUUUCUCAGGUUAUAGAUCCUUCUGCUAAGGGUGUAGAACUUGUACAAUUGAAAAAAGACCAAUCUAAUAAUACUGAGGAGCAUGUCAUGGACAGUGUGAAUGUAACAGAUUUGUCAAAGGACCCUUUACUUUCGAUUGAUCCUCGGUCUACUCAAUCUUGGAGUUCUUUGCCAUCAGAAAUCGCUGCAGGUGACGGAAGAGGUAUUCAAAGACACCACUCUGGAGGAGAGUGGGGUGAAAUGCUAGAUUUGCUUUCUCGUAGAAAGACCGAAGCCCUUGCUCCUGAAAAUUUAGACAACAUAUGGGCAAAAGGCAGAAACUAUAAACGGAAAGAAGAGGCCAAUCUAGCAUCUGAUACACUCAAAAAGAGUUUAUUGGUAAGUGCACCAAAACUUCUGGGACACUCAAAGGAAGCUAAAGAGAAAGUGAGUGAGAGAGAAAACAAGGUUGGAGCUAAGCAUUAUGUGAAGGACAAUACUUCCUUGCAGGGUGAUUUGAACAGACCAAGUUAUCCUCCAGAUUGCUUGUAUCAAGAGGAAAAUGAACAUUACUCAGAUGACCUUGAAUCAGAGAGCAGUAGUUCUUACACUACUGAAGAUGAAGAACCCAGCACUGUGACGGGUCUUGACUCUCCUGGCACUCAAGUGUGGGAUGGGAAAAAUAUAAGGAAUGUCAAUCACAUUCAUCAUCCACUUGAAAAUAAUGAAGGCCAUAAGAGAAGAAAAGGAAAAUUUAGUAAAGCACAUAUCCGUUCUAAACACUUAAAUAGAGUACUGUCUGGGCGGAAAAGGUCUAAAGUAAGCAUCCAAACAGGGCAUGCGUGGCAAGAGAUACAAAGAACCAGCUUCUUACUGGGGGAUGGGCAAGAUAUAUUAAAUUCCAAAGAAAAUGUGAAACCAGAUGGCUUAAGUGAUGACUCUGAGACAGAAUUAUUCAGUAGAAUUUCUAGUGACACAACUUCAUCUGCAUCAUCAUCUGCCUUGUCGAGAAGCGUUUUGGAAAAUCAUAAUAUGGGUCCUCAUUCUGCAAAAGGUUCUGUAAUUGCUGAUUCUUUUUUGAAAUUAAGAAGUGAGGUCCUGAGUGCAAAUAUUGUAAGAAGUGGCUCCAAAACUUUUGCUGUUUAUUCCAUAUCUGUUACAGAUAUGAACAAUAAUAGUUGGUCUAUCAAAAGAAGGUUUCGACAUUUUGAGGAGCUACACUGGCGUCUUAAAGAGUUUCGGGAGUACAAUCUUCAUUUACCUCCUAAGCAUUUCCUCUCUUCAAGUCUGGAUGUUCUUGUCAUUCGAGAACGGUGCAAAUUCCUUGACAUGUAUUUGAAGAAGCUUCUGCUGCUCCCAACUGUUUCCAAUUCCAUCGAAGUAUGGGACUUCCUCAGUGUAGAUUCCCAGACAUAUAGCUUCUCAAACUCCUUGUCCAUAAUUGAAACAUUACCAGUUGACCUGGAUGGCACUGUACGUCAAACGAGUAAAGAACCUCCACCUGGUAUAAGCUCUCGAACCGAUCUCUUAUCCUCCAAGGGGGAGCGUUCUAAUACUGAAAGCAAGAAUCCAACUUUAAGGAUGGAGCAAGAUCAUUCGGUACAUGAAUCAGGAUUAAGGAAAAAUUAUGUCGCACUCUCUCCUCCAAAAAGACCUCUCAAAGAAACUUUUGAGGAUUCAACUAGGGACCAUAAGGUGCAUACAAAUAGAAAAUCAACCCCAAACAUGCAGACGUCAUCAAAACCAGUUGAAACUAACUCACAUGCAUCACCUGAAUCUCUCGUUGAUGCUCUCAUUGAUCCCGCCUUUCCCAGUGAGUGGGUGCCACCAAAUUUAAGCGUGCCUAUAUUAGAUCUUGUUGACGUCAUUUUUCAGCUCCAAGAUGGUGGAUGGAUCAGGAGGAAGGCGUUCUGGGUGGCUAAGCAGGUUUUACAAUUGGGAAUGGGUGAUGCAUUUGAUGAUUGGCUGAUUGAGAAAAUCCAGCGGCUGCGCAGGGGUUCAGUUGUUGCUGCAGGUAUCAGACGUGUUGAACAGAUUCUCUGGCCAGAUGGUAUAUUCAUUACAAAGCACCCGACUCGUCAACGUCCUGGACCCUCUCCAUCCCCUAAUUCUCCUCAAGGCCAACCUUCCACUUCAUUAAGUUCACCUUCGCUAGAGGAUUUACUGAAGCUGGAUGAGAUGCAACAGCAGGAAGCACAACGACGUGCAAAACUUGUUUAUGAGCUAAUGAUUGAUAAGGCACCAGCUGCUAUUGUAGGGCUUGUUGGUCACAAGGAAUAUGAACAAUGUGCAAGGGAUCUUUAUUACUUCAUCGAGUCAUCCGUGUGUAUGAAGCAGUUAGUCCUUGAUCUUCUUGAGUUACUACUGUUAUCCGCAUUCCCAGAGCUGACUUCUGUAUUUAACGUAUUGCACGAGGAGAAGGGCAAGUUUGGAGAACUCAAAAUAGAAUAGGUGGAUCAACUUCCAAAAUGUUGGUUAUACAAUGUUAAGGAAAACUGUAAACAAAGUUCUGAUUUUUUUCUUUGUUUUUUAUUGUAAAGGUUAUGUUAUGUAUAAGAUUCUUUUUUCUUCUUGAGCAGUCUCCUUGAUGUGCAUCUCAGAGACAGAAAAUUAUGAUGGGUGUAGAAUAUUUCACUCAUUAUCCCGUUGCCAACAAUGUUGGAAUACUGUAUUUGGAGAGAAUCAAUGAAGAUAAGCUCAAUUGAAUCGUCA